CUUAAAAUGACGAACGAACGGUCCCAGUCACUUCUUCUUCCGCAACAAGGAUAUUUGUUCACCCAACCUGCCCCAUACCUCAUGUCGCAGCUAAGUUCUGCGCCACUGGGUUAUAACCCUGGCAUUCCUUUUUUUCAAGGGACUCCUAUUACUGUCGCAACCCCUAGCUUCGGAUCAAUUUCAGGUUCUCCCCAGGCAUCGUUGGACAAUGACAGUCGAUUUCACCGUUCUCACAAUCUUUCCAGUGUUCAAAAUAUGCCAUCUGACCCUGUUAUUAAUGAAAAAGAAUUAAAAACGGUCACUUGGGAUGAGCUUAGGAGAUUACUUCCUGAACCAGUUCCUGAAACACGUGUCGAAUCCGGUCAUUACUAUUUUUCUAAGGACAAUCUAGAUCGCGAUAAGAAGUUCAUGGAGAUUAUGUUGGAUCGCACUGUAGUGCCUGUCGAUAAAUUGAUCCAAGCUCCCAGGCUAGUUGCGAUAAAUACUAGUCAACAAGAUUUGGAGAUUGCUGUUGCAAGUAGUAAUCAAGUUUGUUUGGUUGAAUUACCUUCGGGUGGACAUGGCGUUCGAAGAAUUGAUGGCUGUAAGCCUUCCGGUCAUACUUCUAGAUUAUUUUCUGCAGCAUAA